CCGCAUAUCCCAGUCCGACAGCCUACGGGCUAUGUCUGUGGGACUGAGCACAGUGGAAGCAAUGGUGAAAACCAGCCCCCGGCUUCAGCAGUUUGCUUCGGAUGCCAAUCUGGGCAGCACCAUCGCUGCAUGGAGGGAGCAGGUCAGGGCACGUGAGCUUGCUCUCUCUCUCACCACGCCAAUGCAGCAGCAGUCUGAGCUCGCCGUAAAGCAGCUUCCGCAGCGGUCACCACAGCGGGACCGAGUUUCCGCACCGCUGCCACGGACUUCCUCUCCCUCCCCACGCCAGCGGGGAUCUCGUUCACCUGUCCAUUCGCCUGCCUUUUUCCUGGCGGCUAUGUGGUCGGAGGAUGAGGAGGAGGUCUCCAUUUCUCUACCGGUUCCUGUUCCCUCGUCCCGAAGGAAACGGUGCCCUCGCCACCGCCGCUCCUCUCCUCUGUCACCUGUUCUGCCACCUGUUCCCGCUGGGGGUUCUGGAGAACCGCACCAGACUUCUGUUCCCGCUGGGGGUUCUGGAGAACCGCACCAGCCACCUGCCUCCGCUGGAGGGUCCGAGGGGCCCGUCCAGCAACAACCAUCUGCGGCUCCCACGCCGUCACCUGCGGCGCCGUCACCUGCGGCGCCGCCGUCUUCGGCUCCCACGCCGUCGCCUGCGGCGCCGCCGUCCUCACCUGGUCUGGCCUCCGAGCCUUCGUCCUCGCCUGGUCCGGCCUCCGAGCCUUCGUCCUCGCCUGUAGCCGCCUUUGCUUCUGUCUCCGGCCUCGCCCGGUCCGGCCUCCGCUUCGCCUCGUCCUGCGGCUGUCACGCUGCCGUCUGGACCACAUCCUGCGCCUCGACAUUGCCGGCCUCCUUCCAGGCCUCUGAUUGUCCGGCCUGCUCGUCCUGUCCGGCCACUUUCCAGGCUGAUGACUGGACGUCAUUGCCGUCAUGGACGGCCCCCUGAACUACGUCACCGCAGGUGCCUCCUGCCCGGCCGGCCCCCUGAACUGUUUUCUGGGCUCUUGGGUCGUCGGCCUCUGGACCUCCUUCGCCUGGGUCGCCGCCGCUGCCCUCUGCGUGGCCGGCCUCCGGACCUUCUUCGCUUGCCUCGCCGCCGUUGCUUUUUGCACGGCCGGCCUCCUGACCUGCCCAGGUUUGGACUUUGGUGCCAUCAGCCUCCGGGUCGGCCCCCUGAACUUUUUUGGGGGGGGAACUGUCGUGUGCCUGGUUUUGUUUGGUUGUUUUCUGGGCUCCAGUGUUUUCUGUUUUUGGUCUCUGGGUUGUGUUUGGUUUGACUGUGUCUUUAUUUUGAAUCCUAAAUGUAACAGUUUUUCUGUAUAAAUGUAAGUUUCAGUUACUUAUAAGAGAGAAAACCUUAGUUUAAAUGAAGGAUUUACAGGGAAAAUGACAGGGACCAAAGAUUUUUGACUACAGACUGAAAUGAGAGAUCUUAUUAAUGUGAUACAACAUGACACAAAGUCUGUCUUUAAAAGAUGUGUUUGACAUUAAGAGAAGUGUCCUGAUCGAUGGACGAGAUUUGGAAGCAGCUGUUACUUUAAAUCCACUGAGUGGAAAACUUGGUCUGAGAGCAGGAGAGACUGUCGGGAUAAAGGAGCUGAUCUGGUGAUGAUAAACAGCAAAGAGGAACAGGAAUUUAUCAGGAACAUGAGAGGAGAGUCGUGGAUUGGUCUGUAUUCUAAACAGACAUCAGGAAGAUAUAAAUGGGAAUGGGUGGACGAAUCAGCGCUGACAGAAAUGUUCUGGGCACCAGGAUAUGAGACUCCCCGGUAUUGGUACCGUGGAGUCUGCUGUGACAGUGAUGGGAAAUGGACACAGUCAUAUUAUGAUGAUGAGAAGACCUUCAUCUGUGAGAAAUGAGUUUGGUGCGUUGAUGUAAAUGUUUGCAUAAUCCAACCAAAGACACCUCACUAUGAAAUGUCCUGCAUGAGCCUCAGACUCAGCUCACAGUUGUUACUUGUUCAUUCUGCAUCAUAUAUUGAUUACAUAUAUUGUCCCUCUGUGCUCUGUGCUGUACAGUAAGGUUGGAAGUCAUCCACACAAAAACUUGAAGUACUUCAUUACUCUGUAGUUCCAGCAAAUUGUUCUAAUAAAAGUCAAAGUGCAGCUUGUCUUUA